AUGGCUGCAAAUCCCAGGCAAUGCAAUGAUAAGUUUAAGCAAAAAGUAGACAUCAAUCAUGACAUUAAGAUUUUCACAGAAGAUGAGAUCAAAAGAAUGACUAGAAAUUAUAGCACUGCCAUCGGGAAAGGUGGUUUCGGAGAAGUCUACAGAGGGCUCUUAGAUGACAACGAUGAGUUAGUUGCAGUGAAGAGAUAUAUCCGUAGCAAUUUGACAAAAGAGUUUAUGGAAGAAGUGAGUAUCCAUAGUCAAAUGAAGCAUAAGAACGUAGUAAAGCUCAUAGGCUACUGUAUUGGGGAAACUACACUAACAAUGGUAUCUGAGUACAUUCCCAGAGGAAACCUUGAGGACAUCCUUCACAGAAUUGGAUAUUCUUUCACUUUGGACACAAUAUUGGGCAUUGCUAUAGGGUGUGCAGAAGCUUUGAGCUAUAUGCAUUCCAUGCAUUUAUCAAGUGAUAACCUUGUUUGUCAUGGUGAUAUUAAGCCUGCCAACAUACUUUUAGAUGCCAAUCUUAGAGCAAAAGUAUCAGAUUUCGGACUGUCAAGGCUUCUUUCAGGUGGCAUCACUAAAUACACUAGUCUUGUGAAAGGCAGUUUGGAUUACAUGGAUCCUAUAUAUAUGCAAAGUGGGCGUCUUACCCCAAGGAGCGAUGUCUAUAGUUUUGGAAUAGUUCUCCUUGAACUUAUAGCUAGGAAAAGGGUAAGAGAUGGGAGUUUUAGCCUUAUUGAGACUUUUACAAGACAAGAUUGUACCAAAUGGAGUAAGUUGAGGGAGCUAGUUGAGAUAGCAAAUGUGGGCAACAUGGCGGUUCUUGUUGAAAUAGGAAAAUUGGCAAUGGACUGCCUGACAUUGGAGAUUGACAAACGUCCUAAAAUCAAUGAUGUGGCAAUACGACUUAAGGCCCUUUGGAAUGUUCUGAGAAGAGGGCAAGACAUAGGCUGGUUUAAGAAGUCUUUUGGCACUUUCAGGAGGAGUUCUCGCAAUUCUGCGAUGCUAGAAAGACUCAGCAAUGUGAGAAUGUUUACGAUGGACGAGCUCACGAAAUUGACACAGAACUGGUCAUUCAGAUUUCAAAUUUAUCCAAAUACUGUCUACAAAGGUACACUUGAGGACAAUACAGCUGUGGCGGUGUACUGGCCGAAACUUGGAAACCUCUAUGACAUCCUGAACGGCGAGGAAGAUUUCCCACUAUAUCUGCGUGUGAAGAUUGCUGUUCAGACUGCAGAAGCAUUAGAAUACCUCCAUUCAUCAGGAAUAGGCAUUACCGCACAUGAUUCUGUUCAACCAUGCAAUUUGCUUGUAGAUGCUAAUUUCACUCCAAAGUUCACAAGUUUUUCAUGGGUACGGAAGCUUGCCAAGCAAACGGGACUACCUGUUAACGACAGACAAAUUGAUUGUGGUGUAUUGGUCUUGUCAAGAGCCCAGAAAGAUGUGUAUGACUUUGGCAUUCUUCUCUUAUCACUCAUUUCGAGAAAGAAGAUGUAUGAUGAGAAGAAUCUUGACAUUGUCAACGAGUUCACCAAAGCUUAUGACGUAGAUCAUAGUGGGAAUGCAAUGUUUGAUAAGGAUAUAAUAACAGUUCAAGGGAAUAACACUGUCCUUGAAGGCAUCGGAAGGUUGGCACUGAAGUGUACCCUUUCAAAAGAAGAGGAGAGACCAAAAAUGUUGGAAGUGGCAGAACACCUUCGGAUGCUCAGGAGAUGUUGUAGGGCGAGCACGGACCAGGAGGCUACAUCUACAUGUAUAUUGGCAUUUCAUCCUAAGGCAUCUUUCGCAUUUACCCAAGCCACCCAAACCAGAUCGAGGUAG